CAGGGAAGAAGGGAGGCAUUGCUUGACCAGACUGAAGUCCCGUGAAAGAAAGGUCUGCCUGCAACCAGCCGGGCAGCAGUAGCAACAGAAGCACAGGUCGCAGCGUCGCCAUUGCAAGGUGUUGCAGCCCACUUGUCUGGUGAUGAACCAUAAGCUCCAAGCACCCAUUGGAGCAGGAACGGUAUCCGCUCGCCGUUGCUCUCCAUGGUGGCGCAUCGCUGGCGGGGUUGCACGUUGAGUCCCAGCUUCUCUAGGAGACAUAAUGGCGGCAUCAAACUUCUCCAUCGCUGUCAACAAGUCAACAGAUGAUGACGCUAUCGGAAUUGUACGUGUUGUGGUUGACGCGCUUGGUGACAUGUUGAUUCUCAUAACUCUUGUACCAUCAAUGCUGUUUAUUACGUGCAUGAUAUAUGCAAUCUGCUCUGAAAUUACGUUGAGAGCAAAUGUAAAGCACAUAUACUUGUGUAACUUGGUUAUUUGUGAUAACAUUUUUUUACUCUCUAUUACCAUUGCGUCAAUAUUUUAUUUAUCUAGAACCUAUUUUAAUGUUGGGGGUUGCCGCAUCUACAUGAAUCUGUACAGAGGAUUAUUCAACAAUGGGAUUUGUUGUAUCACAAUGAUGGCUGUGGAGCGCUAUGUUGCCGUAUGUCACCCACUGCGUUAUCAUGCUAUUAUAACUCAAAGGUUCGCGUUUCAAUCCCUGGGUGUAAUUUGGUUUAUUUCAUUCCUUCUUCCAUUAACAGAAAUCUGUUAUCUCAUUUCAAGUGACCGCGUGGCAUUCGAACAUACGAUGUACAUGUGCGACAGUAUGCAUAUACAGGACAAUUCACAAAUUUGGCACAUUUUAGGAACUGUGAGGACCUCGGUGCUUGUGAUUUUAUUUAUAAGUAGUGUUAUUACACUUAUAACUACGUAUGUGUGUAUUGUUAAAGUGGCUAAACGAGCGUGUACAAGUCAGGUUGAGUCAUCAAAGGCUAAAAAUACUGUAUUGUUGCAUAUGGUUCAAUUAAUAAUGUACAUGGGUGCUUUUGCAAUUCAGUUAUGUUACUUGUUAAUAGAAAUGUUUGUGAGCAAAUAUGAACUAAAGUCUGCGUUAAAAACAGUCGUCUACCUUUUGCUAUUUGUCUGGCCAAGAUUCUUCAGCCCCUUCCUCUAUGGAAUCAGAGAUGAGGAAAUCCGUCGACCUUUAAAACGGAUGUUGGGUCAACUUCAUGCCUUAGCUAAGGUUAGGCCAACAUAAAAUAAUGUACAUAGACAUGUAUGAAUAGCAAGAAUGUUUGCAGGUCAUGCAUGAUCGGUUAUAGAACAUAUUUAAAGAGCGACAUUUUAAUACGGAAUCAUGUUUAUUAGGCAAAAAAAUAUUUAAACUGUUGUAAAAGAGUUAUGUGCUUGUUUUAUGAAGUAUUUAGUUGGCAUCUUGUUCCAUUAAUUGUUAC